UUAAUGCGUGCAAUUUCAGAAAAAGAAAAGAAAAAUAAAAAUGGGUAUGAACUUUAUCUUAUCAGACUCAAUUAUCAUCAAAACUCUCAACAAUUCACUGUGUUGUCUUCUCUUAUCUUUGAUAUGAAUACUCUUUCUUCCUUCGCGUCGACGCUCCAUGGUGGGUGCGUUCCCUUUCCCCGUUCAGCGUCGCCGUUGACAUCUGUGAAAUCUUCAGCUUUCUCCAAAUGUCAUCGCAUUUGGGUCACCAAAGCUUCCAUUGCCGUUGAGCAACAAACUAAGGUUGCUCUCAUCAGAAUUGGCACCAGAGGAAGUCCACUAGCUCUAGCACAGGCAUAUGAGACCAGGGACAAACUCAUGGCAUCCCACCCAGAGCUAGCUGAAGAGGGGGCUAUUCAGAUUGUGAUAAUAAAAACAACUGGUGACAAAAUCCUCACUCAACCACUUGCAGACAUAGGUGGAAAGGGCUUGUUCACCAAAGAAAUAGACGAAGCACUUUUAAACAGUGAAAUUGACAUUGCUGUCCAUUCAAUGAAGGAUGUUCCUACUUACUUACCUGAUAAAACAAUUCUUCCGUGCAACCUUCCGCGAGAGGAUGUCAGAGAUGCAUUUAUAUCCUUGAGUGCAACUUCACUAGCUGAUCUUCCCACUGGGAGUGUUGUUGGUACUGCUUCUCUAAGACGGAAGUCACAGAUACUCCACAGAUAUCCAUCUCUAAAUGUGCAGGAAAAUUUCCGUGGCAAUGUCCAAACAAGGUUGAGAAAACUCAAUGAAGGGGUUGUUCAAGCUACACUAUUAGCAUUAGCUGGACUAAAACGCUUAAACAUGACAGAAAAUGUGACAUCAAUCCUAUCAAUUGAUGAUAUGCUUCCAGCUGUAGCCCAAGGUGCCAUUGGAAUAGCCUGUAGAAGCAAUGAUGAUAAAAUGGCAGAAUACCUUGCUUCACUGAAUCAUGAAGAAACAAGACUGGCAGUUGUCUGCGAAAGGGCCUUCCUUGAGACUUUGGAUGGAUCUUGCCGCACUCCAAUUGCAGGGUAUGCUUGCAGAAAUGAGGACGGGAAUUGCUUGUUCAGAGGAUUAGUUGCUUCCCCUGAUGGAACCCGCGUGCUAGAGACAUCCAGGGUUGGUCCAUAUGCAGUUGAAGAUAUGAUUGAGAUGGGUAAGGAUGCUGGCAAGGAGCUUCUUUCUCGGGCUGGACCUAACUUCUUUAGUAGCUAGCAGCAGAUUGAAGUGCAAUGCUUCCCACAUUAGUUCAUUCUUUGACCUGCUGUAACUUCAGAGUAGAUCAAAUGUACAAUUGAGUUUGGGAAAGUGGACCUCUCAUUAUGGUCAAACUGUUGUAUUCUGAGGAUAUUAGAAUGCCAAUUUUUUAGGUAGUUUGUUGAGAGUUCAUGCUAAAAACACCUGGGUGUUUCCCAAAUUUUCUUAUAUUUAUGUUACCUUAUUAUUAUUGCAUGAGUAAUAUUUACAUCCCCCUUUUAAAAUGGUUAAUACAAAGUGAAUAUAUUUUCUGAG